AUGGAGAGUAGGACGAUCCCCAAUCCCGAUGAGAGCUGGGGUGAGAUGACUUCGGAAGCUAUACAAGCUUUACUUCUCAACAACGCUAUACAGUCUUUCCCUUAUCGACAUCCAUUUUUCAGACGAUUAUACUUGGUAUUUUUCCUUCUGACUAGUCUGGUCAUUUUGCUACCAUUCUGGACACUUCUAUAUAUACCCGUUGAAAAUAGACCGAGAAGAACAUGGACCUUGGAGCGAUGCCUGAGGGUCAGGUGGAGCAGACGGUUAUGUGGACUAGUUGCCCGAUGCGAGAUUGAUUAUCUAGGCCGAGACUUGACAAUUGAGCUAGAUCCCAAUAGUUUGAAGUUCUCUCACCCUGUAACGAUACCCGCUGCGCCACCGUCCAUCCUCCGUGGGCAUAUCAAAGAAACUCUGAAUGAUAUCUGUUCGUCCAGAGGAAAAUGGAUUCCCCAUUUCGUACAUCGAGUAAAACGAGGAAAACAAGGCGUCUGGGGGAGAUGGAAUGUGGAGAAUGAAGAAAUCCAGCAGUACGGCUUCGAGGACGUAAAGGCUUUCUGGUUCACCGGUGAGAAAUCCUCGCCACAGGAAGACGUCAAACUUCGAAAACCUGGUGACCCCGUCAUGCUGCUCUUCCACGGCGGGGGUUAUCUUUGCGGAACGGCAGCUGAAACAGACAUGACAUCAUCCAUCGCAAAAUCAAUGGUCAAGCAUUCACCUAUACAGCACAUCCUUUCGGUCGAUUACAGGCUGGCUCCCGCGGCCCCAUGGCCAUUACCUCUUCUAGAUGCUAUAUCUUCAUAUUGCUGGCUCGUCAGAACAGAAGGUGUAGAUGAAAGAGAUAUCGUAAUUGCGGGUGAUUCAGCGGGUGGACAUCUGGCUCUGGCUUUAGUCCGAUGGUUGCGAGACGAGGGCCAGAACGUACAAUUGAAGCUGCCCAGGGGACUGGUACUUUUGUCCCCGUGGUCGGACGUUGGAUUCACCAAUGCUUGGGGUCAAGAAGCGAUGAGUCAUAACAGAGACUCUGAUACGAUCGACGACACUUUCGGCCCUUUUGCAACUUCGCUGCUACUUCGUGCGCUACCGGCAUCCAUCAUGCACACAUCCCCGUACCUUUCUCCAUCGUCACUGCUUUUGCCAUCUGAUGCUAGUGGUCCAGAUUCGUUCAAAGGGUUUCCUCCUACUUAUAUAGUAUAUGGCGGUGCUGAAAGGCUGUCGAGAUCCAUAGUAUUGCUAUGGGACCGGAUACAACUUAGUCGACAAGGAGACGCACAUGUAGUGUCUGAUCGACUUUUCGUUAGUCCUGAUGCCGUCCAUGACUUUCUCAUCUUCGCCUGGAUGGCAGUGGAGGCCUCCACCGUGUACGAAGACCUUGAUGAGUGGCUCAGACUGCUGUUAUCAACCGAACAGCCGACAGGGGAAGAUAGCCACGUAUCCCCAGAAUUAUGGCAGAAGCAUGAUGUUUCAGACUGGAGAGAGAUGGUCCAACGAGGAAGGAUCUCAAGGCAGGAGACAAGAGAGAGCUUGAAAUCUCACAAGUCGCCAGUCAUGGGACCGACCACAGACCACAUGGGUAUGAUGAGGAUGGUCGAAGACAUGUCUGGAGAGGGAAUGAGUAUGAUCGACAAAAGCGCUCAUUUCGCUAUUGAGCUGCCUAAAAGCCCUGAAUGGCUGUCUCCAUUGACAGCGGAGUUUGGGCUGGACUAUGCACCUGAUGAUAGCGAAGUCCCUUGGUAUGAUCUUGAUAGCGCAGACUCGGACACAGAGACUAGGAAGGACCGGUGA